AUGCCAGCUACUAAAAUUUUCGCUCGUACUGUCUACGAUUCUCGUGGUAACCCAACUGUUGAAGUUGAUCUUCACUCCGAAAAGGGUCUCUUCAGAGCAAUUGUUCCAUCUGGUGCCUCCACCGGUAUCCAUGAAGCCUUGGAAUUAAGAGACGGUGACAAGUCCAAAUGGUUAGGUAAGGGUGUUACCAAGGCCGUUUCCAACGUUAACGACAUCAUUGCUCCAGCUUUCAUUUCUGCCAAUGUUGACUUAAAGGACCAAAAGGCUGUCGAUGCCUUCUUGAACUCCCUUGACGGUACCCCAAACAAGUCCAAGCUCGGUGCUAACGCCAUCUUAGGUGUUUCUUUGGCUGCUGCCAAGGCCGGUGCUGGUGAAAAGGGUGUCCCAUUAUACAAGCACAUUGCUGACAUCUCCGGUGCCAAGCAAGACAAGUUUGUCCUCCCAGUUCCAUUCCAAAAUGUCUUGAACGGUGGUUCCCAUGCUGGUGGUGCUCUUGCUUUCCAAGAAUUCAUGAUUGUUCCAACUGCUGCUCCAACUUUCUCCGAAGCUUUAAGAAUUGGUUCCGAAGUUUACCACAACUUAAAGUCUCUCGCCAAGAAGACCUACGGUCAAUCCGCUGGUAAUGUUGGUGAUGAAGGUGGUGUUGCCCCAGAUAUUUCCACUCCAAAGGAAGCUCUUGACCUUAUUGUCAAGGCCAUUGAAGUUGCUGGUUACACCGGUCAAGUCUCCAUUGCUUUAGAUGUUGCCUCAUCUGAAUUCUACCACGACGGUAAGUACGAUUUAGACUUCAAGAACCCAGACUCUGACCCAUCUAAGUGGUUAACUGGUGAAGAAUUAGCUUCCUUAUACGCUCAAUUAGUCAAUGACUACCCAAUUGUUUCCAUUGAAGAUCCAUUCGGUGAAGAUGACUGGGACGCUUGGGUACACUUCUACGCCAAGAUUGGUGACAAGAUCCAAAUUGUUGGUGAUGACUUGACUGUUACCAACCCACUCAGAAUUAAGACUGCCAUCGAUAAGAAGGCUGCUAACGCUUUAUUAUUAAAGGUUAACCAAAUCGGUUCUUUAACUGAGUCCAUCAAUGCUGCCAAUGACUCAUACGCUGCUGGUUGGGGUGUCAUGGUUUCCCACAGAUCUGGUGAAACUGAAGACACCACCAUUGCUGACUUAUCUGUCGGUUUAAGAGCUGGUCAAAUUAAGACUGGUGCUCCAGCUAGAUCCGAAAGAUUAGCCAAGUUGAACCAAAUCUUAAGAAUUGAAGAAGAAUUAGGUGACAAGGCUAUCUAUGCAGGUAAGGACUUCCAAAUCGCUUCUACUUUAUAA